UGCAAACUAGCUUACUCAAAGGGUUCCACCCCAAAGGAUGUCUAUAGGGUUUCCCGUGGGUUGGGGAGCAAAUCUGCGCGAGAGAGUUUAGUACCACAGUGUUCAGCCCCGCGAAAACAGUGCCAGCCUACCCCGAGUGAAGAGAACACGCGAGGUCCUGCCUGGCCACCGGUGUGCGCUUUUACAACACCGCCAUACGCUCUCAAGUGAGUCCAGCGUCCCGCAUCUGAAUACCCUAAACGAGAGAGAGAGAGAGAGAGAGAGAAAGAGAGAGAGAAAGAGAGAGACCCAGUCAGCGGCGACUUCACAAUCAGCGCAGCCAAGGAAACCCGCUCAAAAACUCCCCCCCAAACCCCCCUCUGCUCCGGAGAAAUAAGGGGGUGAGAAGACUAGACACGCAAACAAAAGCAUUCCUGCCCGGCUUUCAGUUCCAAAAAAGAGUCGCCUGAGUUGGGGAAAAUUAUUUAGGCGCUCUUCAAAUACGAAAUUCAAGGGGAUAGGCGUAACAGACCUGCGUCUCAGUCCGCAUCAGCACCAGCAGCAGCAGGAGCAACGGCUGUACUCUCAUCUCUAUUAAAUCCACAGUUUUGGAGCCACGGACUCUAAAAGCCCCCUGCAAAGCCCGUGAACCUGUUCUGGUCAGUGGAGACAACAGAAUCCAAUAUGCGUGUCGCGUGGGUUAUUCUAACAUUAGGCUUGCUGUGGACAGCUCAGGGUGAGGGGGAGGACUCUGGGAACAAGAACGUCACACAAGCAAACAACGACACAGCUCAGGCCUCAGGAACGGCAAGCAACACUACCACCAGCAGCCCCACUUCCACCCAAAACAACAACGCCUCUGAUACUACAGCGAAGCCAACUUCAGCUGCCUCCAGCGCAAUAACCACCAUGAAACCCACGGAUGGAAAGGCCAUGAUCCAAACCAGUGUUGCUCCCAGCCAAGCUCUUACGACAGCAGGACAAACUACCAUCUUGUCUGCGUCAACAACUGUUGCCCUGGACACUACAAAACCGUUAACCACCGUCACCCCAUCAGUGAAGUCCCCCACUGAUGCCCCGACCAUAACCACCGCAGUCAACAAACAAGAAACCACACACGCAGGGGGUGGGAUACUUCUCUCAACCACACAGGAGAGACCAGGCACUCAGACUCCACACAAUCCCAACACCACCACCAACAUCAACACCAACAUCAACACCAGCACCAACAUCAACACCAACACCACCACCAACAUCAACACCAACACCAGCACCAAUAGCCCCAGCACCGGCACCAGCAUCAGUACCACCAGCCCCAGCACCAGCAUCAGUACCACCACCAAGAAUGAGACGGGUGACUCCGUGGUGCCCGUGCCAGGCCAUGUCUCAUCUACCCCUGAAUCCACAACUCCCGCUCAACCCACAACUACCGUCACUAUUGGAACCACUGCACCGACUACCACGACUGUGCCUCCAACUACUACCAAAACUCUGCCUCCAUCCACUGCUGCACCCGUCACGUUCAAUUUAGUCAUCAAUAAGGAUGAUCCCUCGGACAACCCCACUCUGUACAAACUUUGCGCCAAGUACCUGGAAAUGGUAAUACGUGGCAACUGUUCCAUCUCUGGCAAAACGUUGCACGAUGGCAGCACCGAUUUCAACACAGUCAUCAUCCAUGGACAAGUUAACAUCAGUGUUGUGAAGAGCCACUAUGAAGAACUUGUGAAGAAGCCUGAUGAGAUCAAAGACGCUUCUGAACAGAGUGAUUACACCACCCUGAUCGCCAUCCUGGCAUCCUGUGGGGCAGUAGCACUCAUCAUUAUAUGCCUUGCCAUCUACACCUACCGCCAUGGCAAGAACUAUCGCAAGAAUCAGCAACACCUGACGGAGGAGCUGCAGACGGUGGAGAAUGGUUACCACGACAACCCCACACUGGAGGUGAUGGAGGUGCAGCCAGAGACGGCCAUGGAGAAGAGGCCCAACGGCGAGUUCAACGACAGCUGGAUCGUCCCCAUGGACAACCUGCUGAAGGACGGGCUGGCUGACGAGGAGGACACGCACCUGUAGGCCACACACACACACCCACACACACACACACAGACACAGACACACCUGUGGUCAGGUUCAGAGCUUACACACACCCGAAGGGUCGUUCCACAAAUAUACCACUCAUACUGUGGUCAACUG